GAAACUGGUCCACGUGAAAAAAAAAUGACAGUGACAAAGUGUUUAGUGUCACAGUGUUAGUGAAUUAGAAUGGAAAGACGAAGAGUCGAGUUUAAAGAGGAUGUCAGGGGUUACUUAGAGGCAUCGUUUGCAAACGAAGCUCAGAAUAAGGAAGAAUGCGGAUCCUAUUUUGAUGUGCUACAAGAGAGGCUUGCUUCCCCUCCAAUGUUCACAACACUAAGACUGAACACAACAAAACACAGUGCGGAGGAAAUACAUGCAAUUAUCAGCCAAGAACUACAAAAGGUUUACAUGGACAGAAAAUGGGAUCCACCCCAGAGUUUUCUCCAUCCUGAACUAGACGAUGUCCUAGUCAUAGAAAAUAGGGGCCCUCGGCCAAUCAAAAAGAUUGAAAAGGAAGUGAUUAUUGACCAAAGUUGUGGGAUGGCUGUGAUGCGUGGGGCAGACAUCUUUGUGCAGGGAAUUCUGGGAGCACCUACAAACAUGAUGUCGGGGGACCUGGUAUCCGUGGUGGUUGAUUUGGAGGGACGGGUUCUUAAAGGGGACAUCCAGCCUCUCUUUGGGCCCAGGCUCCAUGUUGGAAAUGGUGUGGCACAGUUUGACAGGGACACAAUCUUCAAAAGCCAACCACCUCCAAGUGGAGUUGGAAUUUUGAUGACGGAGCCCCUCUAUGAAGCCCCAUGUCUCAGUGACCUUCGACCUGACCUGAUUAUGGCACAGAACCUGCCAUCUAUAGUGUGUACUCAUGUCCUGGACCCCAAACCAGGGGAGAGGAUCCUGGAUAUGUGUGCAGCCCCUGGGGGCAAGACGACGCACAUAGCCAGCAGGAUGCAGAACAAGGGUGAAGUUAUAGCCAUUGAUCGUUCUGAUGUCAAAGUGGAAAAAAUUAGGUCAAACCUGGAGAGGUGGGCUCUCACCUGUGUGACAUGCCACGCCUGUGAUGCUCUCAAGGUCACUGUGGGUCAGCGAGGUGGAGAUAUAAAUUUCCCAGAAAUCCCUGCGGAGUAUUUUGACCGGAUUCUCCUUGACGUUCCCUGCAGUGCGCUGGGACAGAAACCGUCCAUAAAGAACCCGAUGACCCUCAAUUCUCUCAAAUCCUACCCUGGCUACCAGAGGAAGUUCAUACGAAAGGCAGUUCAACUUCUGAGACCAGGGGGUGUACUUGUGUACAGUACAUGUACAAUAACUAUGGAGGAAAAUGAAAAACAGGCUGUGUGGAUGUUAGAAAAUUUCCCUGAGUUAAUCCUUAUUGCACAGCACCCACACCUAGGAUCACGUGGGCGGCAAUGCCGCGGAUUAUCAGACGACCAGAGACAGGUGCUACAGAUGUUCGACCCGGCGUGUGAUAUAUCACGUGAUGGGUCAUGUGACAAAAUGGCAGCUUAUAAUAGAGACACGAUAGGAUUCUUCAUUGCAAAAUUUACGAAAAUAAAGAAAUGAAAAUGAA